AUGGAAGCUCAACGAAGGCAAUGCCUCGAGAAUAUCAAGCUUUCAACCUCCCAGAGACUGUACAUCAUGGGAGCCAAGGCGACAUUACUGUCGCUCGUUCUACCCGCGGUGGCAUCGUUCGUAUGUCAACCGUUACCAAAAAACCAGACUCAACAUACCAAUCAAACGGAUUCCCUACCUUCAGACUCUUCUACCAACAGCACCUUUCCUAGCAACGGUACUUCUCCUGAAAACGACACAGCAUGGGUUCCGACCUGUAAGCUGCCCAGGAAUGAUUUUGCAUGGCAGAGUGUUGGACAUGGCUUUAUGACAGACUGCGUCUCUAGCAAGGGCAUUAUCCAAGGCUAUAUGAUCUUUGUUGAUUUUGCCGAUGCAGAGGCUCUCGACGGAGAGUCUCCGCAGAGCGAUUACGAUUUCCUGGUUCCCGACGCCAACGAGUGGUUCCAAGAAAUCAGCUUUCACCAACUUCAACUCAACAUCACUGCCGAAACUUCCAAAUUCUAUCGCAUGCCACGAUCCGCAGAAUCAUAUAACUGGGAUGCUGGUUUAACCAACGAGCAGCACUAUGCCUAUGUUGAGGAUGCACUAGAUGCAUACAUGAACAAUGGCGAAAAUCUACCCCCAGCCAAGACAGAUAUCUUGUAUAUCGUACCGACACGAAAUGCGGCAUGGUUCACUCGCUCUUUGGCCUCGUCCUUUGCUAUUUUUACACGAGACAACCAGUUGGUAUCUAACAGAGCUAUUACCUUUGGCGUCGACCCUUACAAUUCCUGGGGCUAUAAAGCGCUCAACCAUGAGACUGGCCACUCUAUGUGUCUACCCGACCUAUAUCCCCUUGAUCUUGAUUUUCCUACUGGCGAAUUCACCGGUGGAUGGAGUGUUAUGGGGAAUAUGGGAGGAAUCGCUCCCGACUUCUUCGCCUGGGAUAAGUGGAGGCUAGGUUGGUUACACGAUGAAGAUAUUGAUUGCAUUCUCGAACCUGGCACUACCAGACAUACCUUGGCGCCCGUUGAGACUGAAGGAGGAACCAAGGCUGUGGUUGUCGCGGUUAACAAAACUUCUGCUCUUGUUGCUGAAGCCCGUGUGGCUAAGGGUGCGGAUGAAAAGAUUUGUGCUCCUGGUGUUCUUCUCUAUACGAUUGACACAAGUGUCGCUACAGGACUGGGCCCUGUUCGUGUUCUUGAUACAACCCCUGGAUCUGACAGUUGUGGCAGUGAAGUUAGCGGCUGGGAGCCAUUGAACGAUGCGACACUUUCUAUGACUGGUACAAAGUCAUAUGAAGUAGCUGGAUGGGGCAUCAAGGUCACUUUGGUUGGCGCAAAGCAUGAUCAGUAUAAGAUUGAGAUAGAAUACUUGUAA